UAUUGAAUCGCUCAUAAUAUUUGUUGUUCAAUCAACUUCGCAAAAACCCAAAGCGGAUAAGGAUUUAAAAAAAAAAAAAAAAAAACUAAACCUAGGUGAAUCCAAUCAGUGUGUGUUUGAUCCAAAUUAAGAAAGAUGGAGGGUGGAAAUAACAACAAACAUGGUGGUUCGGACGACAAGGACAAAGGGCUGUUAUCUAAUCUUGCUGCGUACGCUGCUGGAGCAGGACAUUAUCCUCACCAUGGAGCUUACCCUUCUGCACCCUAUCCUCCCCAAGGCUACCCUCCAGCUGGUUAUCCACCACCGGGUUAUCCCCCUUCCGGAUAUGGGUAUCCUCCCGCAGGGUAUCCUCCGCCACAUGGAUAUCCUCACGGAGGGUAUCCACCAGCAGGGUACCCUCCUCCUCACGGAUACCCCCCGGCAGGUUAUCCUGGCGCAUCCCAUUCAGGGCUUGGAGUGGGAGGACUCCUUGCCGGAGGUGCAGCUGCUGCUGCUGCUGCUUAUGGUGCUCACCACAUGGCUCAUGGGAUGUACCAACCUCAUGGUGGUUACUAUGGCCACCACGGGAAGUUUAAGCACGGGAAGUUCAAGCAUGGCAAGCAUGGCAUGUAUGGGAAGCACAAAUUCAUGAAAAGAUGGAAGUGAUGCAACAAAGCAACCCUUGUUUGGCUUGUUUCGCUGCUGGCAUUCUACUGUCAUCGUUUUAUAUCCCUGUUUAUCGCAAACAUAUUUCUUCCAUCAUUGUUUUGUAUAUAGUUAUGCAGUUCGUUACUGAAUAUUUUGUUGGUGAAAUUUAAUUUCUGAAAUUCUGUGA